CGUCAGUAUGUCUGUUGAACACAACUACUUUUGGUCUUGGCCGAAAGAGUCCUUUUUUUCCUUCUCCUUGACGCACAAGGGGGUAGAAACGCGCGUGCAACAACCGCGGAUUUUUUGAUCCGGGUAUAGUAAACAGUGAUUGGGUGGUUGUUGUGUUGUUUAUACGUGGGACCGGCGCUUCUGGUUUACACACAUAGAAUAGAGAGACCUGUUGUAAAUAUUUGAACCCCAAAGUUGUGCUAUUGUUGGCUCCCAUCAAUUGAUAAUAAACUAUGGCUGAGCGUUUGGCCGGUUACACGGGCAAUCUCCACCUGCUCAAAGGUAGGGCUCUGGAUGUCUGGCACGCAUUCCAGGAGAACGUUUCCACCCAAGGAGGUGGACUGCAUGGGAUCAAAGCGAAGACGUCGGAGAAAAUCUCCGGUUUGAAGGAGAAAGCCAUCGACAGUUUGAAUAAAGGCAACGAUGGCGACUAUUCCCACGUUUACAGGAGGAAAUCGAGAGCAGAGUUGGUCCGCGUUUCGGCGGCCGUGAUGGGCAUCGAAUUUGCCUACUCGGCCGAAACGGCCUUUGUCUCGCCGACACUUCUGGGCAUCGGCAUCCAGCACCGCAACAUGACGCUCAUCUGGUGCCUCAGUCCAAUGAUCGGCUUCUUUCUCACGCCACUACUCGGCUCGUUCAGCGAUCGCUGCAAAUCACGGCUUGGACGCAGACGGCCUUUCAUCAUCCUUUUGUCCAUCGGCAUCAUUUUAGGCUUACUUUUGGUACCCAACGGCAAAUAUUUCGGCCAGCUCAUGGGCGACGUCUACCCGGAGGAGGAACUUUUGGCCAAGAAGAUGGAAACGGGCGGCGGCGGCGGCGGUAAUUUUCUGGUUAACUCGACAGCCGUGGCGGACGAGGCGGACGUUAUCAAUGAAGUGGUGGACACGUCUUCCCAUCCGUGGGGCAUUUUCCUGACCGUUUUGGGCACCGUUCUCCUUGACUUUGAUGCCGACGCUUGCCAGAGCCCUUCGCGGGCUUAUCUCCUGGACGUCUGCAUUCCAGAGGAUCACGCAUUAGGUUUGAGCACAUUCACAAUCAUGGCCGGACUCGGAGGAUCAUUAGGCUACGCAAUGGGUGGAAUUAAUUGGGACGCCACGUUUAUCGGCGUCAUGCUGGGUGGACACGUCAGGGCCGUGUUUACACUGGUGACAUUCAUAUUCAUCGCGUGCGUCAUCGUCACGUUGUACAGCUUCAGUGAGAUCCCGCUCGACGUCCUCUCCGACACUUCCAAUAUCGACAUGGUCAAUGAACGCCGGAUGUUGGAAGGACAGACGUACGGCAAGUUCGACGAGGAUUACGAGGCUUCCAAGACGUACGGAACCAUGGGCGACAAUCCCCCGCAAGUCAAUCACACGGGUCUCGAUAAUCCCGGAUUCCAAGAGUCGACUUUCACCGAGUACCCCAAUAACCAGAAUGAAUUUUAUCAAGAUCCUGGCCAGCAGCAGCAGGUCGACCAACCGGAAAUUCAAGCCAUACCGCACGUGGGUGAGAUCAGUCUGCGCGAAUACGUUCACUCCAUCAUCUACAUGCCGAAAUCGAUGAGGAUCCUCUGCUUGACGAACCUGUUUUGUUGGAUGUCGCUCGUUUGCUACUCGCUCUACUUUACCGAUUUCGUCGGCGAGGCCGUCUUCGGUGGUAAUCCCAAGGCUCCAGUGGGAAGUGUUGAACGGGAAAUUUACGAGGAAGGCGUCCGUUUCGCCUGCUGGGGCAUGGCCAUGUACUCGUUAUCCUGCUCUUGCUACUCUUUCAUCAUCGAGCGACUCGUCAAACGAUUCAAGGCGCGACAGGUUUACAUGGCCGGUCAACUAGUCUACACUUUCGGUAUGAUACUAAUGGCUGUGACACGCAGUCCGGCUGGCGUUAUCAUCUUCUCCUGGACGGCCGGCGUCAUGUACUCAACUCUGUUCACCAUGCCCUACUUGCUGGUGGCCCAUUACCACGCAUCUCAAGUGUUUGCCGAGGAUGCCAGCGGAACCCGUCAGUGUUCGACGACCGUCCGAGGUCUUGGUACCGACGUCGCUCUCGUGUCCUCCAUGGUCUUCUUGGCUCAGUUCAUCCUCUCGUCUUCAAUGGGUUCAAUCAUUUCUGCCGCAGGCAGCACUACCGCCGUCAUAGUGUCAGCUGCAGUUCUAAGUUUUUGCGGAAGCAUGUCCGCCUCUCAAGUCAUGUACCUUGACUUGUAGCUUGGAAUUUUUGUCUCCCACCCAAAACUUGUUAUCGUGUGUCGUCAGUUGGUUUUGAUCAUCGAUGUUUCUUAAAACUUAAUAUUAUUAACUGUUCAAAUCAAAAUAACAACAUUGAAAAAAAAAGAAAUAAAUUCUGAAAGUAGAUCAUCA